AUGGCCUGGCCCGAGCUGGCACUGUUGUUCAAGGCCGCUCCCAUGGCUGCCAUUUGCCAUAGGGCCUUCACCUGCUCCAUGCACGACGUGAACGUGUCAGUCAGGCCGAGGUUGCUCGAGUUCGUUGACUCGGCUCUUCAGUUCGUCAAUUGCAACAUUCAUAUGUGUGAAGGGCAGGGCUCUGCGGAGUCCCGCCAGCGCUUCGGGCACCUGAUCCCAGCGGCGCGGCUGUCCCUGAUGGAGUCGUUCAUGGCCGCGGAGAGGGGCGUCAACGGCAAGGCGGAGGCCUCGAGGCCGCCCGCCGCGCGGGCGAGGGAGGCGGCCGUGGCCUCCAGGCCCCCGGAGGUGAUGGAGCCCACGCAGGAUUCGCAGCAGGGCACGGCCAAGGUGGAGCACCUCGCCGCGCAGGACGCCCUGUUCGACAAUGACCCCUGGAGGAACGCGAAGGGCGCCGCGGGUCGAUCCGCCGGGGCGCCCUCGGCGCCGCUGGCGCCGCCCCCCUGUCCGAGCGCGCCGCGCCACGGGCCCGCGGGCGGCCUACCGCCGCCGGAGCACAUCCCGCAGAAGGCGCCCCGCGCCGCCGCCGCCGCGCGGCUUGCCCGCCCGCCGAGCAGGCGAGGCAGUCGCCCCUGCUGGUGA